AUGGAAAUUGAGCAGCAAGGACAGCUGGAGAAGGAGAGUGGUCUGCAGAUUCUUGAGGCUGGACUGAGUGAUAGGGGCAAACUGAACCACAUCCCCGUGGUCAAACAGAGUCAAGUGGAGCCAGGCAACUUUUUGAUUCUGGUGGUGGUUUCCAUGGUUUUUAUUGUCAUGGUGCUGGGGAUGUCAGGGGCUCUGUACUGCUUGCGCUAUCGCUCCCACCAUAAGCUGAAGGAAAAGCUCACUGGUUUGGGAAGCUACACAGGCCACGAUGCCACGACAGCCUAUCAGGAUCUCUGUCGUCAGCGCAUGGCGGUGCAGACAUCAGAGCGUGGAGACCGAUCAGAGGUGUUUCACCCAUCGCACACGUCACGCAUUAACAGCGUGUCCUCACAGUUUAGUGAUGGGCCGAUGCAGAGUCCCUCCGCCCGCAGCAGCACAUCUUCCUGGAGUGAAGAGCCUACCCAAACCAACAUGGACAUCUCCACUGGACACAUGAUACUGUCGUAUAUGGAGGAUCACCUGCAGAAUAAAGAUCGUUUGGAUAAGGAGUGGGAGGCUCUCUGUAGUUACCAGGCUGAGCCAGCAGCAUGUGCGGUGGGUCAGGAGGAACAGAAUGUCCAGCGCAACCGCCCACACGGCGUCCUUGUGUAUGAUCACUCCAGGGUCAUCCUGAAGCCGGAGAAUAACCAAUCCAGAUCUGAUUACAUCAACGCCAGUCCCAUUAUGGACCAUGACCCCCGAAACCCAGCCUAUAUCAGCGCUCAAGGUCCUCUUCCCUCCACAGUGGCAGACUUCUGGCAGAUGGUUUGUGAGAGUGGCUGUGUGGUUAUUGUCAUGCUGACACCUCUUGCUGAAAACGGGAUCAAACAGUGUCAACAGUAUUGGCCUGAUGAAGGCUCGGACCUCUACCACAUAUAUGAGGUAAAUCUGGUCUCUGAGCAUAUCUGGUGUGAUGAUUUCCUGGUGCGCAGUUUCUACCUGAAGAACAUCCAGACUAAUGAGACCCGCACAGUCACUCAAUUCCACUUCUUGUCCUGGAUGGACCAGAAUGUUCCAGAGUCAGCUAGAACCUUGCUGGACUUCCGCAGAAAGGUUAACAAGUGCUACCGGGGCAGAUCUUGUCCAAUAAUUGUUCAUUGCAGCGAUGGCGCUGGAAGGAGUGGAACUUACAUCCUGAUUGACAUGGUUCUAAAUAAAAUGGCCAAAGGUGCUAAGGAGAUUGAUAUUGCUGCUACCCUGGAGCACCUGAGGGACCAGAGAUCAGGCAUGGUACAGACCAAGGAACAGUUUGAGUUUGCAUUGACUGCUGUAGCAGAAGAGGUGAACGCCAUCCUGAAAGCUCUGCCUCAGUGAAGGAGACUUUCACAAACAUUUCCAACCUAUAUUCUUUUUUUGUGUAACCUGGAUAAUUAUGAAAAUUGACACAAUUUUAAGCUCUAUCCAAAUUCAGACGCAUUAUUGCAUAAGACAUUUCCUUGUACUAAGUGUGUACAAUUCUAAAGCAUUGAAGUAAAAAAAUCAACUAGCCAACUAGGCAUGAAAUCAUAGAUUGUCUUUGCUGCUCGGAUUGGUGUUUACAUACACACUAGUUGUGCAUAUGAAAUAUCUGAAGUAUAUGUGUUUGUGUGAAGCAGAUGUGAUCUUAGCGGUGUUGUAUUACACUGUAUUAGUUCACUGCAGUUAUGUUCUCAUACAGUGACUUCAUGUGACUACACUUAAAGUUAUGGAUGAGCAAUACUAAUGCGACAAUGAGAAAUACUACAGUAUAUUAGAGUUCUGCAGUUAUGAUCUCCUUAGCAUCAACUUUCAUUGUUGUGAUAUAUUGUUUCUAGAUCAACUAAUAAACAGAUUGUAUUACAUAUACUGUAGAUAAACUGAUUAUACAUACAGAAUGAACAAUGUGAUAAAAAAUGGUCUGCCAAAAUGUAAUUGUACAUAUUAUUUUUGUGUGUGCGAUA